CCCCCACCCUCCACUUCACUAACCAACGUUUAACUUGCUUAAUCCCUCUUUUCCCUCCACUCCACAUGGACCAACAACAACAGACUCAGCCAACCCAUAAUGCUCCUCCUCCCACCACCCCCACCGCCACCACUGACCCACCUCAACAACCACAACCGUCGCAGCCGCAGCCGCAAGCGCCACAACUUCAACAACAAACAACCCCACCUCUGCCCUCCACAACACCCUCAACAUCCUCCACCCCAAACCCUAACCCUAACCCUAACCCUAACCCAAACCCGAACCCGAUCGCGAAACCCUUGCCUUCCCCAACACAACCACCCCAACAGCCACCGCAGACUAAACCAACUAUCCCUAUUCCUCAGCCCAGACCCACCUCCGCUACUACCGCUUCAUUCUCGAGGCCCUGGCAACAGCACUCCUCCCAGUUGGCCCAUUUCUCUUCCUCUUCUCCCUCUGUCUCAUCGUCCCCUUCUUCUAUUCUUUCAUCUCAGCCGAGAGGCAGCAUUGCCCUCGGUGUUCCCUCGUCGCAUUCUAGCCAUUCUCCUUCGUCUCCUUUACCUUCGCAAUCCACUCCGUUUUCGGGUUCCUUUGGUCAUUCCUUCGGUGGAGCCUCUAGUUCCAAUGUUUCCCAGGCAAGGCCACUGAUGCAAGGAAUAGGGAUGGGAAGUUCUCAUAUGAGGCCAGGUGGAAUUUCUGCUCAGCAUCAACAGAGGCCUGUGCAAUCAUCUCUUAGACCGCCAUCUUCACCAACUAGCCAGACCCCUUCCACCCAAAAUUUCCAAGGGCAUGGCCUUACGAGAGUGUCAGCUGUUGGUUCCUCAGGUUCUUCGGCACCAAGUACACCACAAACUCCGCAAUCACCUAAUCAGCCAUGGCUAUCAUCUGCAGCACAGGGGAAGCCUCCUCUGCCACCCCCUUCGUUUAGACCACAGAUUAACUUGCCAUCCUUGCAGCAAAGGGCACAUAUUCCCCCACAACAUCAUUCCUCGCCAACAGUUUCACAACAACAGCAUGUAUCAUCUCCACAGGUGCCACAAACUAUAUCGUCACAUCAACAGCAGGAGCAUUUUGGACAACAAUUUUCACAAUCAAGGGCCCCACAAUCUUUACCCCAUCAACAACAAGUUUCGAGAGCCCAGGGUUCUGCAAAUCAUAAGCCUUCUUCUCUUGCAAUGGUACAACCAAGCACAGUCCAGCUGGUGAACCAUAAUAAAGCAGCUAUUACAGAAAGUGACGAGUCUGGUGGCCGGAUUCUUAGCAAAAGAAGCAUUCAUGACCUAGUUAACCAGAUUGAUCCAUCUGAGAAGUUAGAUCCUGAAGUUGAAGAUAUUCUUGUGGAUAUUGCAGAAGACUUUGUGGAUUCUAUCACGACAUUUGGUUGCUCACUAGCUAAGCAUAGAAAAUCAGAUACAUUGGAAGCAAAAGACAUUCUCGUACAUCUUGAGAGAAACUGGAAUAUGACUCUUCCAGGAUUCAGUGGUGAUGAGAUUAAGACUUACAGAAAACAGCUUACAAAUGAGGUUCACAAAGAGCGGCUUGCAGUGAUAAAGAAAUCAAAUUUACUGAGUGAGGCAGCCAAUGCUAAGCACUUCAGUGGAACAGCUGCUGUAAAUGCAAAAGGUAGCCUUGGAAAAGCAGCUGCUAAUAUCUUGGGCUCUCCAAAUGUUAAAAUAUGAGAAGUAACAUGAGGCUCCUUUUUUGACAAUGUUGAAUGUCUGAAACUAUUUUGCUUUGAAGGAUCAAUUACCUGAGAAGCAUUAUCACUGAUGGGAUGGAGGAACCAAACUUUUUUACUUUACCUAGGAUGUGCAUAAAUUCAUUUUGAAGAUUGUAUUUUGCACAUCUCAAAUGGAGCUAGGUUGAGAAUUUUUAAAAUUUAAUGAGUUGGUGCCUCCGGAUCUUGUAUUCAUCACCAACUUCCAUUAUAUCAGGCCAAGUCCAAUCGCACAGGAAAAAUUCCGUCUCCUUGGCUGCUUUUUGAAUUUUGAUACAGGGUAGGACAUGUGGGAAGAAACUUAACAGAAACUUGCCAGAAACCAGACCGUGAAUACAAAUCGACUGUCCCUUAUUCUCCUUACCCAAAUCCCUUGCUCAUUUCGCAAAACUUUCCACUUUUAUUGAUAGUGUGUGUUGAUAGUGCCAUGUUGUUUGGUUUCUACUCAUUGUAGAAGGAUAAAAGUGAAAGGGAAGUGACAACAACUAUGAAACAGAAGGAAACUUAUAUCACUUGGUCCUCAAUUCUUCAUAAUCUGCCAAUACAAUGGAAAUCUUCUAUCCUUCUCCUGCCAUGGAUAACUCUUCCCCUACAGGCUCUGAAAGUGAUAAUGAAAAUCCCAAUUUAUUCAGUUAAAAUUGAUGGAAACAUGGCAAGUGAGUCGUUGAGUCCUUGAACGAUUUCUUAGAAAUAAAAUUCAUGAAAAGAUUGAGAUUACUUUUGAUUCUGAGUAUGUUGUCGGAUAGAGGGGAAAGUUUGUUGUAAGAUGAAGCCAGCUUCUCCAGUCGGCACAAGCAUGUGCUGACCGCUGAGGAUAUGCGGUCCGGUUCUGGUGACUACCGGUUUGCUGAAUAUCAAUUUUCAUGUUACGUGCUUCAACGAGCGCCUCGACUUUUGGGACGCGAACCAUUUUUUCCAUUUUCAGUAUCUAACAACAAUAUAUUUUGUUCAGUUUUGUAAUCAUUUAUGUUCUCUUGCAAAAAAAAAAAAACCCAAACUUUGCGUGCAG